AUGGCUUCUACGCGUUCCUCUUCUCCCGCCGGCGACGCGUCGGCGCCCACGUCCCCCCAAUUGACUCCCCGGUCCAAGAUCCAGGCCAUGCUGGCCGCAAUAGACGACGCCGACUCCGACGACGACGUCACGCGACCAAUUGACACCAAGAAGUUGUUCGAAUCCAUUGACAAGCUCAAGAGGUCGAAUGACGAGUCACCGCCCACACAGGAUGCAGAGGAAGAGGAAGACGAUGACGACGACGAGGAAGAGAUUGUUCGGCCUCGAGGUCGUCUUGCUGCGCGUAUGCAUGCCAACCACAUAAACGAUACGAAUAUUGCGUCGAGAUCACCACAAAACGCGUCGAAACGUGCCAGCGAGCCCACUUCUCGACCUACCGCGUCCGAACACAGUAGUCAUCAGGAGGACAAUGAUUCUGAUGCGGAUGAUGAUGAAGACAUCAGCCGUCUGCCACGAAGAAGGCUAGCGAGACCUGUCCACAGUACAACACCAGAAGCAGCCCUAGAUGCGGAGCCGCCUUCCUCUCCAGGCUUAUUCGUCUCACCUUCCCCAAACAAACAUGUCGAGUCGAGACAAGCCGCUGCGGGUUCUGACUCCGAUGACGAUCUCCCCGAAGACCUGAGCCAGAGCAGUCGUUUCGCCGCAUUGGUGGCCAAGAAAAGGGAGGAAAGACUCGUCAAGGAAGCCGUGGAAGAGCGCAAACGCGAAGAGCGAGCCAAACACAUGGCUGAGCAGAUGCCCACGGGCUCUGAUGUCGAUGACGACGAUGUCUCGGAUAUAUCAGACGACGCAGGAGGUCGCAGGCUCACACAGGGAGUUUCCCGCCCUGCGCGCAAGGCGAGCAAGAAGGCCUUGGAGGAGAUGAACCGCGAGACCCAGCGUUUGAGUCGUAGCUUGCAGCUCGCUCACGAGGCGAAGACGAAGAAGAAGCUUUCAAAGACGUCACUAUUCGAACGCUUCAAUUUUAGGACCAAGACCCCUCCAGUCGAUAGCAGUGCCAAGUUGGCAAGCUCAAGCCGGCCUACCACACCAGGUUCGGCUCAUCACACGGAUGUCGAGAUGGCCGAUGCUGGGACUCCACCAAGCUCUCCCCCGAGUGCAAAGAAGGCCAUUGCGAAUCCUCCCACUAUGUCUGGCGCCCUGCCCACCUCCGAAUAUACACUCUACCACAUAAUUGAAGAGGAUGAGAACGGCGAGCUACCGGGCCUCGAAGUCGCCUUGACACAAUCGAGGAAGCAGGACAAGGGGAAAGGGAAAGCAGUCGAAGUCGAACCUGCUGAAGCAAAGAAGCCGGUAGCGGCGAAGGCGAAGCGCCACGUCCGAGUCAAGCUUCCUCCCGUACAGGCGAACCUAGUCACUAUAGAUUCGGACGAUGAGCUCGAAGUUACCGACGCCAAGAAAGGCAAGCUGGCCUCCAUCUUUGACCGUCUACCUGAGAAGACAGCACGGGAGUCGAGAUCGAUGCACGUGCUGCGUUCCCUAGCGCACCUUUCCUCUCCUUCCGAAGAAUCCGUCCGUGGUCGAAAAGCCAAACCAUCCAUGACCACCGGCGAGCUUCAGAUGUCUCUGCAGCAGCGUGCAAGAGCCCAGGCUAAGCUCGAACGUGAACGUCGACUAGAAUACCUUCGUUCCAAGGGAGUCGUCGUACAGAGCGUGCAGGAGCGCGAACGUGAACGCGACCAAGUCGAAGACAUUGUUGCCCGGGCACGCCAGGAGGUCGAGGAGAUCAUGGAGCGCGAACGUGAAGAUGCGAAGAAAGCGCGCAAAGAGAAGAGAGAAAACGGCGAAACUGAUGCUCUGGACUGGGACGACGGCGAUGAUGACAGUUUUCAGGGUAGCGAAGAAGGCGAGCCCGCGGAGAUUGAGCUCUCGGGCUCAGAGGACGAAGUUGAAGGAGACGACGAAGAUGCAGAGGCUGAAGGAGAUGAGUCUACUACGAACCCCAUGUUGAUGGAUGAAGCCGAAGACGGUGGCGAGUCUGAGGGGGAGCCAACACCAGAGCCCACCGCAACUGACGCUGCCUCUUCUGAAGACGAAGAGGUGGAUGAGCCAAAGACGGUUAAGUCCCGACGCCCGAAGAAACACUCUCAGAUCAUAUCGGACGACGAGGAUGAAGACGAAGAUGCAGUUGAGGCUACUCCGAAGCCGAAAACGGUCUACUCCAAAUCACCUUCAGCUCCUGGCUCAGGCUCACCGAAAGCUCCCGCAUCGGUCUUGCGAUCCGCUACGAAGAACUUCAUCCCAGGCCUUCCUGUCCCCGCCGCCGGUCCUGCGGGUAUGGGGUUGACCCAAAUCUUCGCUGGUACCAUGGAUGACAGUCAAGCCGGUCUUGCCGACGGCUCUCCGGUAGAGUUCAUGCCAAGUUUUGACCAGUUUCCCGAUUCUCAGUUUUCUGCUGCGGCUGGCCAAUCUCAGAGCGACAUGGUUCUUGAUAGCCAGCCGACUCAGAAGGCCGAUACACAGGCCCGCGAGACUCAAACACAAGGCGUCCAACUGCAUUUCACACAAUCGCAAAUUCACGGUUUCGACAGUAUGCAGCUGGAUGGGACACAGUUGUCAGACUUCAUCGAGCCGACUCAAGAUGGUGGCUUCCAAGGUUUCUCCCCUUUGAAACAGCGAUUUGUCGAGCCUCCGCAGUCUACAACCGACACUGUGCUGCUCGGUGGUACCCCUGAUGACGAGAAUGUGCAGGACUCUCCGCUUGUGAGGAAAAGGGGUAAGUUGAGACGAAGAGGCGAGCCCUCCCUCUCGAUUUCUAGCCUGCCCCCUACUGAGGUCCCAGCAAGUCCCACAGCUGUAUCCAUUCCCGCAGAUGAACCGAACCACGUGGAAAGCACAUCCACGCCCAGUGCUUUCAGACUGAUGGAGAAAGCGGCUAGAAGGCAGAAGCGCAUGCAGAAGAAGUUCGACAUGAAGAACAGCAAAGCAAACGAGAUGGUCCACGUUCAAGCCGAAGAAUCCGAAGAUGAGUACGCUGGUCUGGGAGGAGCGGAUGGCGAAGACUCGAGUGAUGAGGAUGAGGAGCUCGUCAAGGAGAUGAUUGAUGAUGCGGCUGGCAACGAUAAUGAUGAGGGAAAGCUUGCUGGACUCUUUGCGGACCGCGAACGUGCAGCCGAUGCCGCGCAAGUCGAUAAGCUAUUCCGCGAUAUCACAACCGGUAUGCUGCGUAAGCGGCGCCGCGGUGGCGGAGGUGGUAACGACUUCGACCUUUCCGACUCGGAGGACGAUGGUCAAGCUAGACGACGCAUGAAACAACGCGAGUUCGCCAAGAUGAAGAAGGCACUCUACGCUGAUGAGCGGAUCAGCAAAGUUGCCGAGAACCCACGCACCGCCGCCUUCCUCAAGAGUAUCGAGGACAGGAACAGCGACGGCGAGUGGGAUUUCGACGACAACUUUGCUGCCGAGUCCGGACCGCAGAGCGCCGAGGGCGAGAGCCAGAGCCAGACUCAGGAAGGUCAAGACACAAGCGAAGUGGCUAUCCCAGACAGCCAACCGCCCACCAACGCCGGGCGCAAGCGCACGCGCACAGAGGAGCACGUACCGCGUCCACCGCCCAACGCGCGCCGCACCAAAAACGGCGCCCGCCCGUCCUCGCUCAGUGACGUGCGACGAGAGCUCUCCAGCCUCCUGGAAGAACCGAACGCGUCGGUAGGGUCCAUCAUCGCAGCCACCGAAGCCGGCUCCGAUAACGAGGAGGAGGAGGAAGGUACAUCGACCUCAUCCAACAAGGAGAACCGCGCCGUUGCGGUCGUGGACCGCAUCUCGCUGAAGCGCAACUCGUCCUCGUCGCUAUCGACGAUGGUCGGCACUGGCCCGAGCUCGCGGCUCGCAUUCGCUGCGCCGGCGGCGAGCGGCAGCGGCUUCAAGGUGCCGGCGCUGCUGCGACGGGCUACCACGAACUCGCUGAUGUCAAACUCGUCGUCCACCUCUAACGGCGGCCCUACGCCUAGCACCACCACGAUUGGCGGGAGCGGCAACGGCAAUGGUACCGGUCAGGGCAAGGGCACGAGCUCGCUCAACAAGGCGGCCAGCUUCGGAGGCGAGGGCGACGGCAAGCUCAAGAAGAACGCGGGUAAGCGCUCUGGCGUCAACCACUUCGCGCGUGAGAAUGAGCGCCGCGCCAAGGUCGCGGAGAUUGAGAAGAGGCGUGAGGCGAAGAAGUGGAAGGGUGCCGAGGGAAGGGGUAAGGUUGUUGGAGGAUUGUUUGGGGCUGGGAGAUUUGAGUGA